UGUUGUUUACCCAGGUACAGCCUCGCUUCUUCCCUCUCUCUCGUAGCUAUAGCAAUUGAGUAGCGGCAAGUAUGGAAUCGAUGUCCAGGUUGGAACGUUACUACGUGGGGCCGAGCCAUGCAGGCCUUGCCUCCUGCCCUUGCCUGACUGACUUUGCUUUCAUUCUCUUAAGUUUAAUUUGUCUUAAGUUUAAUUUGUCUUCACCUGGCUGACUACUUCACCUCUCAGACUCUCCAUACUCUAGUUCAGGAUCGUCGAGUUUUUGAUUUGCAUUCGCGGGGGGGGGGUGGCGAUGCUUCUGCGCGUAUUCCCGAUUGAGUAAUCUGCAGGCCGCGUUUCAGCACUGGGAUAUUCGGACGAUACCAGUCCAGACGUUUACUUUUAGUCGGAAUGAGACAUCAAAGCAUGACACAAUUACACUCGUCCAUCAACACGCUCACCCACACGCUCCCACUGUUAGCGAGCAUCUAUGAAGGCUGGCACGGCACACGAGGCUGAAUCGACAUGGGGGAGGUGUAGGACCAGUUCAGAUAUUCAAGUUCAUUUAUUUGGUAUAGCCCUGUGAGCCAUAACGGCUCUUGAAUCGGAUGUAACCGCAACAAACAAAAAACAUGAACAAGAAAACAUCUUAAAGUGAAUAUGUGACUAAGUGCAAACAGAAAAUCCAAGAAAAGACAGCAAAAUAAUGCAGAAAAAAAACCGUAAACCAACGCUGUGUGCAAAAAUCCCAGUAGGAUGCAAGUCAAACAACAACCACAAGACAACUUAAAUUAAGGCCAUCGGUCUUACUCCGUACUACAACAAACAAACAUGGCCAAACCAAAAAACUUUUAGAAAUCACCAAAAUAAAGCCAUGAAAGCAAUGAAACGGAAUUUUCACAGUAAACGUCACUGGUGUUGGCUGUGAGCAGAAUUCUCACCCGGAUCGUCGGGUUCGUAGCACAGCGCGCUAACCACUAAAUUGUCACUCAUUCAUCCACCUGAACCACUCUCCCACGCACACACUCGCUCACCCACACAAAGAUCUCCCUAUAGCCUUAACAGACUGUAGGGGCAAGUGCUGUUUGCGAGCACCUAUGAAGGGCGGAACGGUACAGGAGGGGUUGGGUGGCCAGCACCACGCCCGACCGCCUUUGUCUCCCCAGUGGCGAUGUUUAUACACCGCAUAAGGUACUCAUUUGAGGCAGAGUCGACAUAGGGGAGGCCCGGGACCGGUUCAGAUAAUCGUUACUGGUGUUGGCCGUGAGAGAGAAUCGAACCCGGGGUUGCCGAGUUUAUUGCGCAGCGCGCUAACCCCUGCACUACUGCCCACACACUCGCCCAUCCACACACACCCACUCUCGCCCACCUACUCAGUCACACGCCCCCCUCCCAGUCACUCACCCUCCCAUUCACUCUCCCUCCCACUCACCCUCCCACUCACUCACGCACACACUCAACUACCCACACACUCAUCUACCCACACACUCAGUCUACCACUUACCGUCCCACUCGCCCACACUCACUUGCCCACACACACUCGUUCACCCACUCGCCCACUCUGCCACUCAUCCACUCACAAUCAGAAGUUUAUUACCGAGUAAAGUCCAUUGAGCUAAGAAGCUCUUUUUCAAGGGCGACUCGGCCGGCAGACAUUAAAGCAUUCCUUAAAUACAUAUUUACAAAAACAAACUUAUAUAUAGCAAUUAUGUUAUCCAUAAGAGGUGUUUAGGUGAGAUUGCGGACAUAUGAAUGUAUCGUUAAACCCGCCACCAUCCAACACAUGUUUUACAUAAACAAAACAUAACGUUCCAACCUGGACAGAUUCCGUGCUUGCCGCUACUCAAUUGAUAUCGCUACGAGAUGGAAGAAGCGAGGCUGUACCUGGGUAAACAACAACCAACAUCACAAUGUGAACUUCUAACCUCCUAGCGUACUCAGAAUAUUAAUGAUGGGGGGUGCGGCAUGUUGAGUGACGUCACGCGCGUUACACAGACAUUAUUUGCUCAUAUUAGUAAUGAGGGCUUCACUGGGGUAUCGGUAAUAGCGCUAAUAAUACCGAUGCUAAACAGUUUAAUGAUUUAUAAUAGCAUCAGUAUUAUGUACUAUACUUAUGAGUGCAUUCUACUUUACUCAUCCUACAAGGUAGCGGAGGGAGACGAGCUUGAAGGAGCUGCUGCUCUUCCAGUCCAGGUCAUUCUCAGAGAAAGGCUUUAGGACCUCCAUGAUCUUAGUGAAGACCUAAAUCUAAAUUUGUGUGGCGAGGUUUUUUUAGGCGGAGCCUGAGACUGUCCUAGUCGUGUGAGUUCUCAACUGGCUAAACAAGUCAGUGUUUUUAAAAUAUAAUCGUGACCAUGAAUCGUGAUAAUUGAAUCGCGGGCAGUGGGGUCUGGAUGGCUUAGAUUGUGUGUUGCUCUCAUUGGCUGAGCGAAUGAUGGAGCCAGAAUCAAUCACAUGGAGAAGACAGGCUUGGCAACGGCUGGAAGUAAAAGGCACCAAUGCAUCCAGUGUCCAUACAGCACAGAUCAGAUGGAUAACUUGAAGGAACAUCAGAGAAAACACACUGGCGAGAAGCCCUUCAAGUGCUCUGUGUGUGGAAAGGCAUUCAUACGAAUUAAUCGCAUGGAGAAGAGACCCUCAACACAGCCUGGUGAUACAACGCAUCGAUGUGACCAGUGUGUAUACAGCACGGAUCGCAGUAGACGUUUGAAGCAGCAACAGAGCAAACGCAGGGCCGAGAAGCCCUUCAAGUGCACUGUGUGUGGGAAGGCAUUUUCUCGUUCAGAAACUCUUCAUAUUCAUCAGAGAACACACACCGGUGAAAAGCCCUUCAAGUGCACUGUGUGUGGGAAGGCAUUUUCUCGUUCAGAAACUCUUCAUAUUCAUCAGAGAACACACACCGGUGAAAAGCCCUUCAAGUGCACUGUGUGUGGGAAGGCAUUUGCUCAACCAAUAACUCUUCAUAUUCAUCAGAGAACACACACCGGUGAGAAGCCCUUCAAAUGCACUGUGUGUGGGAAGUCAUUUGCUCAUUUAAAAACUUUUCAAAUUCAUCAGAGAACACACACAGGCGAGAAGCCCUUCAAGUGCAGUGUAUGUGAUAAGGCAUUUGCACAGUCAGAAUAUCUGAAGACACAUAAUAGAAUACACACGGGUGAGAAGCCCUUCCAGUGCACUGUGUGUGGGAAGGCAUUUGCUCGUUCAAAAACUCUUCGUAAUCAUGAAGGAACACACAUGGUUGAGAAGCCCUUCAAGUGCACUGCGUGUGGGAAGGCAUUUGCUCUUUCAAAAUAUCUUCAGAAACAUAAGAAAACACAUUCAGGUGAGAAUCCUUUCAAGUGCACUGUCUGUGGGAAGGAGUUUACAUUAUCAGGAAAGCUAAAGAGGCAUGAGAAGAUCCACAAGAAGGAGAAAUUGAAAUCGACUUGUGAAAGUCAAAAUGCUGCAAUGAGCCCAUCUCUCAUGAAACGAGAAUCAGAAGAAAAUUCCAACUUGGCAACACGGCCAGGAGUGACAGUGAAAUGUGAAGAAGUGACGGUGAAAUGUGAAGAUCAAGAUUCGACUCCAGGACCCAAUCUGCAAGUGGAUGGAGGCAGCGUGAAGCAGGAGGAGAAUUCCGAUUCUGAGGGAGAGCGAGGCAAUCCCCAGCAGUUUGUGGAUGUGGAGGUGUGGGUGGAGUUUUUGGACAAAGCUGAGUAGGAGGGGCCAGCACGUGUGAAAUGACACCUUGGAAGAUGUGUAACCUGGAGUUUGAGACGAUUUUCCAUAGCAUUCGCCUUAUUCACAGGCUUCUGUCAUUUCAAGAAUAUGUAAUGCGAGCAAGGACAGGGUCACGUGAGUGUUGGCGGAGUCAGGGUCACGUGAGGGGGAGGAUAUAAGGGGAGAACCGGAAGGGGAUCGGGAGUGGAGACAGGAUAGAGAAGGGAGAGGCCACGCGGAGUCCUGGCGAGGAGUGGCGCGAUUGCCACGAGGCAGGAGUCACGGCACCGUCGGCCAGCGGUGUUCGUGGAGCAGCGGGGGUGUCUGCAGAGUGUGCGGGAGCACACGGAGCAGCAGGGUGGCUGCUGGGUGUGCGGAGUCACACCGAGCAGCAAGGGGGCUGCGGAGUGUGCGGAGCACACGAGCAGCGGUGUGGCUGCAGAGAAAGAGCGGGAGCGUAGGACUCAGACGACGUGCGGAGGCACGAGGCGGAGAAGGUGCGGGUCGGAGCGGAGACAUCGCGGGGUGCGAGCAAGAACCCAAUAAAGGACACGGAGAAUAACAUCGUCUGAGAGUCCUUUAUUACAAAUACAUAGGGGUUUAGCUGUCAUCCAAGCAGCGAUGGGCUUUCUGUACAGAUGAAGUUAUUGAGUGUCGAAGUGAAAUAGUCGAUAUGCAAAACAUUAUGCUGCCUUAUAAAACACGAAUUAGGAAUGUAUUUUGAUGGUUACAUAUUAAAUUAAUAAGUAUGAAUUGUAACUGUUAAAGUGGCUGUCAGGUGUUGCCGUGCUUUUCUGCAUGUUCCCAAUCUGUUUUUAUUGCCUUUUAAAUUCCCUUUAAUAAAAUAAAAGGGGGAACCAUUUUUGUAAUAUUGCUGUGGUUUUCACACCUGAUGAUGAUUGCUUGUGUUGCAAUCGAAACGUCGUGAUCAUUUUAUUGUUUUAUUUUUAUUAUUUCCCUUCUGCGUGACUUCACCGAAAGAACCAAGAAUAUGAAUCCCUGCAGUCACGAAAGCUUUAAAUCGCCAUUUUUGUCAUGUUUACUUUUUGCUUCAUACACUAAAUAUAUGUUGAUAUCAAAAUAAUUUAAUGUCAGGCCUACUUUCUGCACUUGUUUUGCUUUUAAUCCCUUUGGGUUUCAUUUAAUUGGUCUUAGCCUGAUGUUACUUUUUUCAUUUUAUAUAAUGGUAACAGCAGGGGUCUGCAAGUCUACUGUACAUCCCACCUGAUGGCUAUGUACGCACCUUGCAUAGUGUAGUUAUUGUGGUUAACAGUGCAGUGUAGUGUCAAGUGUGCAGUGAAUAGAACGUAGUAAAUGUUGUGAUGUGUGGUGAAAUGUGUGUAUGUAUGGUGAUAUUUAGUAUGUGUACAGUGCAUAGUGUAAAAAGACGGCUUUGGCUUUUCACGUGACGAAUCGCACGCAAUGUAUCAUUGCACUCAGUCGCGAGUUGCAGUCCAAAGGUGCCGAAUGAGAGUAAAGUUCUGCAUCUUGACGCUGCAUGCCACUUGCAGUGAGGCGUAUUGUGUGCCAUGCAGUUGCUGUAGCUGGUGUGAGCUUACCUGUGAUGAAUCGCACGUGUAAUUGUACACUCUGCAAUGUUGCUGUAAUUGCUACGUAGAGCCAGGUGCUGGUGUUUUUUAUACGUGUAGGUAAUGUUCAGAGCAUGCCACGCACAACAGUGUGUAGUGUUGUAAAUAUGACGAAUACACUUCUUUGAGGCACACGUUGCAUACGUUGUUGUCUUACUACAGGGUUCCUAGCAGGAAGGGUAUAUCGGUCCCUUCACCCGAUACCUAGGCGCUAUGGCCUCCGAACUAUACGGAACCUACAGUGAGGAAAAAAUGAUUUGAUCCCCUGCUGAUUUUGUACAUUUGCCCACUGACAAAGAAAUGAUCAGUCUAUAAUUUUAAUGGUAGGUUUAUUUGAACUGUGAGAGACAGAAUAACGACAAAAAUAUCCAGAAAAACGCAUGUAAAUUUUUUUAUAAAUUGAUUGGCAUUUUAAUGAGGGAAAUAAGUAUUUGACCCCUCUGCAAAACAGUACUUGGUGGCAAAGCCCUUGUUGGCCAUCACAGAGGUCAGACGUUUCUUGUAGUUGGCCACCAGGUUUGCACACAUCUCAGGAGGGAUUUUGUCCCACUCCUCUUUGCAGAUCUUCUCCAAGUCAUUAAGGUUUCGAGGCUGACGUUUGGCAACUCGAACUUUUAGCUCCCUCUACAGAUUUUCUAUGGGAUUAAGGUCUGGAGACUGGCUAGGCCACUGCAGGACCUUAAUGUGCUUCUUCUUGAGCCACUCCUUUGUUGCCUUGGCUGUGUUUUGGGUCAUUGUCAUGCUGGAAUACCCAUCCACGACCCAUUUUCAAUGCCCUGGCUGAGGGGGAAGGAGGUUCUCACCCAAUAUUUGACGGUACAUGGCCCCGUCCAUCGUCCCUUUGAUGCGGUGAAGUUGUCCUGUCCCCUUAGCAGAAAAACACCCCCAAAGCAUAAUGUUUCCACCUCCAUGUUUGACGGUGGGGAUGGUGUUUUUGGGGUCAUAGGCAGCAUUCCUCCUCCAAACACGGCGAGUUGAGUUGAUGCCAAAGAGCUCCAUUUUGGUCUCAUCUGACCACAACACUUUCACCCAGUUGUCCUCUGAAUCAUUCAGAUGUUCAUUGGCAAACUUCAGACGGGCAUGUAUAUGUGCUUUCUUGAGCAGGGGGACCUUGCGGGCGCUGCAGGAUUUCAGUCCUUCAUGGCGUAGUGUGUUACCAACUAUUUUUUUGGUGACUAUGGUCCCAGCUGCCUUGAGAUCAUUGACAAGAUCAUCCCGUGUAGUUCUGGGCUGAUUCCUCACCGUUCUCAUGAUCAUUGCAACUCCACGAGGUGAGAUCUUGCAUGGAGCCCCAGGCUGAGGGAGAUUGACAGUUCUUUUGUGUUUCUUCCAUUUGCGAAUAAUGGCACCAACUAUUGUCACCUCACCAAGCUGCUUGUCGAUUGUCUUGUAGCCCAUUCCAGCCUUGUGCAGGUAUAAAAUCUUGUCCCUGACAUCCUUGGAGAGCUCUUUGGUCUUGGCCAUGGUGGAGAGUUUGGAAUCUGAUUGAUUGAUUGCUUCUUUGAACAGGUGUCUUUUAUACAAGUAACAAGCUGAGAUUAGGAGCACUCCCUUUAAGAGUGUGCUCCUAAUCUCAGCUCGUUACCUGUAUAAAAGACACCUGGGAGCCAGAAUCUUUCUGAUUGAGAGGCGGUCAAAUACUUAUUUCCCUCAUUAAAAGGCAAAUCAAUUUAUAACAUUUUUGAUAUGCGUUUUUCUGGAUUUUUUUGUUGUUAUUCUGUCUCUCACUGUUCAAAUAAACCUACCAUUAAAUGUAUAGACUGAUCAUUUCUUUGUCAGAUGGGCGAACGUACAAAAUCAGCAGGGAAUCAACUACUUUUUUCCCUCACUAACUCUGGUCACCCGUUCCCUAUCGUCCUCCAGCUGGGACCUAGGGGAGGCUUAACUGACCCCGACCUCUUGGUCCGUGGGUCCUGACCACUGGCCUCACUGAGCUCCUGCCCUUAGAAGGACUGUAGAGCUUGGGGUCCAGGGUCCUAUUCUCCAGCCCAGUCUUAUGUCUUUGGUGUGUAGAUAACUGAGCUCUGGCUUAUAUACCCGUUCGUUGCUGGCUCCGCCCUGGCCACACCUUCCUUCAGGAACACUCUAAGGUGACAUCAUUCCCCCGGUUCCCCCCCCCCCCACCCGGGGGCCCGGGGAAUGUGUCCCAGGAUUCGUUUACUGGGAUCCACCGUUGGCCUCUCUGGCCCAUGGCAUGUGCCGUAAGCGAUGUAACGCCUUUGCACUCUGUUGACGGUAAGUGGAACUACAGGCUGUUGAAUGGUGAGUGACAAUCACCCCUACAAGUGUGUAGACUAUUCAAAGUACAGGGAACACCCUCAUUUCAAAUUUGAGGUGCACUGGUGAGAUAUUACAUUAUUCAAAUAGAAAAUCAAAUAUAACUUAAAUUAAUAUUAUUUCAAUGUUAAUCGAAAGCCAUGGACUAGGUAAUGCUUGACUGUUGAAUGAGUUAUUGGAGGUGAAUAUAUUCACAAUUAAGACGUUGAUAUUAUUAAAGUAUUUUUGUUAUAUUUCAACAUAAAAAUUGGUUAUAAUUUGGUCUAGCAAAUAAACACUGGUGCUAAAUCCCAUUCAAGAGGUACUGUGUGAAGUGUAGGGUGAUAUGUUUUUCUGGUAAUGAUUACAGGUAUGAUACAUUCGCUUAUUUCCAGUUAAAUUGUUUGCCGUUUUUUCGCGGGAAGUUUAAUACUAGAUUUUUGCCGACCUAAGGCCGCCUUACUCUAGCAACUACGAAGGGCUUCUCGGUGCUUGGCAUCUCGCCCAUUGCUCUAACUGAUGUCCUCUUCUUCUGCCCCGCCCUCCCCCCCCCAAUCUGUGCAGAUACUGCCGAGUUUAACAUGUAGCCUUUCGCAACCAAUAUCCAUAAUACAGGUUUUUUUUGGGUUAAACCAGCCACCAUCCCAUGCAGCCAAUUAGUAAGGUUUGUCACGUAAACAGAACAUGCCAAUUUGUUACUCGUACAGCAAAGUGUUGGAGAGCCAAGCCAGAUCAUUUACUAUCUGAGUACGAUGUUUUGCCAGUAAUUACAACUAGCUUCAUCAGGCAACAGCCACAUUUGUGCAUGUAAAAUGCACAAUUGUCAGCAUACGGAGUUAGCCUGACAUUGAGUUAAUGGGGCGAGCAGAAUAGGUGUUUUGGCAGUGGUUCUAGUCUCAAUUAAAAAGGCUUUAGUGGUUGUCAGUUAAAUAUACCAAAUUUACAUGUUACUAUAAUUUAACGUGUUAUUGCUUUAUUAUUCAGAAUAUAAGUACGUAUCCAUUCGUUAAUGCAAUAUUAUCUUGGAAUGUAGCACAUUUAGGAGGCACUACAGAUAUUUUAGGCAUAUGUUUGUGGAAUAUUUACAUUUGUAUUGUUAAAUAAGAUGUUAAAUGUUCUUAGAUUUGAAAAGCGGCAGUUAUAUUUUAUAUUUGCGGUAGAUUCCGUGCUGAGGAGCUGCUCUGAGGUGUUGUGUGACGUGGAAGGUGAUAGGGAUAUGUUUAGUCAUGAUUGCAGAUAUGCAAAUGCUCCUU